GGAGACGCGCACGCAUUGCCGUGUAUACAGAAACUGAUGCCUUGUCAGCCGUAUCUUCACUCGGUGAGUCCCCCGCCUCCUCCGUCGUGCUGCAUGCCGUUGAGGGAGAUCGUCGACAGUGACGUGAUGUGUCUCUGCUCCGUCUUCAACAACGUCGAUAUGCUCAAAUCGCUUAACCUCACUAAAGAAAACGCUCUCGUUCUCCCCAACGCUUGUGGCGCCAAAGCUGACGUGUCUCAAUGCAAAAACAGCGCCGGUGGUACUACUCCGUCUUCGUCUUCGACACCGCCGGCAACCCCGAAAACUCCUCCGGCAUCUUUCACCGGAAGCGGUUCCACCGGAGAUUCAGCUUCUUCGACGACCAAAUCAACAAGCUCAGCUCUGGCCAUCAACUUCGCGGGACUAAUUAGCUUUGCAUCGGCUGUCGUGGCAACACUCUUCUUCUGAUCUACGUUCUUAAUUAUAUUUAUUUCACGGACGUCUUUUUUUAUUAGGUAGGUUUUCAUUUGUUGGAAAAAUAAUCAGACCAAUAUAUUUCGGCAACAUUUUUAUUUUCAACUUAAACUGAUUAUUCAUAUGUAACAAGAAAUUCAAAUAAUA